CGCCGCCUGGCAGAGAGUUCGUGGGGCUGUCGCGGCACGGAGUAUGGGGCUCUGAUGGCCAUGGACGGCUACAAAGGCUUUCUGGGGCUGCUGGUGUCGGCGCUGCUCGUCGGCUUCCUGUCCGUGAUCUUCACCCUCAUCUGGGUCCUCCACUACCGGGAGGGACUCGGCUGGGAUGGGACCACGCUCGAGUUUAACUGGCACCCGGUGCUCAUGGUCACUGGCUUCGUCUUCAUCCAGGGCAUCGCCAUCAUCGUAUACAGACUGCCAUGGACCUGGAAAUGCAGCAAGCUCCUGAUGAAGUCCAUCCAUGCAGGGUUACACACCGUUGCUGCCGUUCUCGUAAUUAUCGCUCUGGUGUCCGUUUUUGAUUUCCACAAUGCCUUGAGUAUCCCCAACAUGUACAGUCUACACAGCUGGGUUGGGCUGACGGUUGUCAUACUCUACAUCUUACAGCUACUCCUAGGGGUUUUCAUCUUUCUGCUUCCUUGGGCUCCACUUUCCCUCCGAGCACUUGUCAUGCCCGUGCAUGUCUAUUCUGGGCUCCUCAUCUUUGGAACGGUGAUUGCAGCGGUACUUACGGGAGUGACUGAGAAACUGUUCUUUGCCCUGAAUAGUUCUGGAUACGGUACAUUCCCACCAGAAGGUGUUUUCACAAAUACCCUUGGCCUCCUGAUUGUGGUGUAUGGGGCGCUCAUUUUUUGGAUAGUCACCAGACCACAAUGGCAACGUCCUAAAGAACCAAAUUCUGUCCUGCUUCAGCCAAAUGGAGGCACUCGAGAGGGAGCGGAAGGCUUAGCAGUCAACUUCAGCAAUGUGGACACGUCAGAUUCAAAAUUAAACAGUGAAACAACAGCGAAGAAAAGAAACUUGACCGUUGAUGAGGCUGGACAGAGAUCCACCAUGUAGAAUGUUGUAGAGAUGUGGCCAUAUAGCUUCACUUUUAAAAACCAGCUCUACAGUUUAGCUUCUCCUAUUUAGCUCCAGGAUGACUGAGCUCCGCAGAGUCAGUAUUUCUUUUAAUCAUAAAGUAGGAUUCCUUGGAAGAGUUUGUAUUGAUUGAGGCCUAUGAUCUUACCUGAAUUGGAAAGGAGAUGAUCUGUGUAAAUACUAGAAGAUAUAAAUGGUGGUUAUGUUAACCUUUUUUUUGUUGAGGACCAAAACAUUUAGCACAGUGCCUUGCAUAGAACAGAUAAUCAAAAUGUGUCUCUCAAAACAAAACAAAACAAAAAAACACUAAAAAACCCCCCCAAAACCCAAAAAUGUGUCUCUCAGUUGGUAAAUUUCAUCAAUUGGCAGCAUCUCUGGCCUCUUGUCAUGCAGUCAUUUCCUGUUAAUUCCGGGAAUCCAGUCCUAAUGUUUUAGAAUCAGAUCUGGGGCAGCAUUUAUGCUACACAGAUAACAAGAAGAGUACAGGAAAAAUUUAGGAAAGUGACUGACUGGUUCCCUUCUCCCAGUGCCUGCCCUCUGCUCUCUCACCAACUAGUUUGGGCUCAGAUUGGCCCUGGAGACCAGAGUUUAUAAUUAGAGCAUUUUGGAGCAGUGACUGAGCCAAAAGUAGCUAACGAGAUCUCUUGUCAGACCUGGAAGUUUUUCCAAAUCUCAUCUUCGUCCCAAAGCUUCCUUGGGGCUUGGUGUACUUUCUAAGCCAGAUUCCAAAACCUGAUUAGAAUGGACCAUGCCUGAAAGCUUACGUAGCAUAAACUGCUCUCCACACCUCAAAGAGCACUUUUUCCCAAGUUUCUGUUUUUAUUUUAGAAAGUACUUACAUGGCACUUACUACAUGCCAGACACUGUUCUAAGCACUUUAUAAAUAUUAACUCGUUCAAUCCUCAAACUUUACACGGUAGGUACUAUUAUUAUCUCCAUUUGACAGCUGGGAGAUUUGAAGCUUAGAAAUGUUAGUAACUUCCCCCAAGGUCAUACAGCUCAUCAGUGAUAGAACUGAGAUUUGUCAUGUGGCUGUCUGAUUCCUCAGUCCAUGACCCUAACCACUUUACUCUGCUACAUUUUCUAUUAUAUACUGGUUUGUACCUACUCCGACUCACCCCUGGAUAAAUCCCAAUUGCUGGAGUGCAGUGGAGUUGUUAAAGUUUACCUUCUGGCUCUCUCUUCCAAGGCAGAUUCCUCAAAUAACCAAGGAAAGAGGCCCACCCAUACCUGGAAAUAGAUCAUGGCGCCCCACCACUGCCAACAAGCCAUGGCCCACUUUGAUGCCCCUUUGAUCUUAAAAUUGUGUCUUGGUGACAAAGAAAGGUUUGGGCAAAAACAUCUGUAACUUUCAAGAUUAAUCAAUUAUAAUUUUUGUUCUUCAGCAUCUUAGCUGCUGAAUAGCUUUGGGUUUGGAGAUAGGAGAGAUUCACCUUGUGGUCUGCCCUUCCCAGUGGCAAUAGCCAAUAUCCUUCCUGAUGUUGGUGGAGUUUUAGGGGACAUCUGGAGCUUUGGGUUCUCAGUAUGAAUUGAGACUCAGAGGUGACCUCUUUCGUGCAUGGACACUUCUGUCUAGACUUGGGGCUGACUUAAAUUAAAACCUAGAGUAGUGGGGCUCCUGGGUGGCUCAGUCGGCUGAGCAUCUGACUCUUGGUGUCUGCUCAGGUCAUGAUCUCA